CUGUAGGCUGCGUUAACCUGUGGCGCGCUCCGCGGUUCUGGAGAGCGAAGUUUUAGUCGCUGUGGAGGUAGCAGUCCGGAAACGGCGAGGCAGGCCGAGAUGUCGUUUGUCAGAGUGAAUCGUUACAGUCCCCGGGGAGGUGGAAGAAAAGUACUAAAGGUAAAGAAGAAGAAACCUUCAGUGAAGCAAGAAUGGGAUAAUACUGUGAAUGAUCUAACAGUUCAUCGGGCAACUCCUGAAGAUCUGCAACGUCGUCAUGAAAUACACAAAUCAAAGAAUAGAGCAUUAGUACACUGGGAACUCCAAGAAAAAGCUCUGAAGAGAAAAUGGAGGAAGCAGAAAACAGAAAGUGCGAAUCUUGAGAAAAGAAAAUUAUCUAUCAUGAAGGAGAUUCUUUCUGAUCAAUACCAGAUGCAGGAUGUAUUGGAGAAAUCUGAUAAUUUGAUGGCUGCAGCAAAAGAUCUGUUUGCUCCUCGUAGGCGCACAGGGUUUCCUAACAUAACAAUGGCUCCUGAUUCCUCUCAGGGUCCAAUUGUGGUAAAUCAAGACCCUAUCACCCAGUCCAUCCUUGAUGAAUCUGUCAUAGAGCCUCAGGCUCUUAAUGAAGUUGAUGAUGAAGAAGGAACUGUUAUUAGCCAAUCAGAAGAAAGUGAGAAUGAGUUUGAUAAUUCCUUAAACUCUCAGUCUAACACAAAUACAGAAAGGUUUCUCCAUCAACUAAAGGAAGAAAAUUCUGAGUUAAUUAAUAAACUCUGGACUGAUAUUCAGCAGAAAUUGGCAGCACAAUCACAAACAGUAACCCCUCCAGGAACUCCAUCAUCUGCUCUGUCAUCAGGGGAAAAAAGAGCUGCUCUGAAUGCUACCAAUGCUGUCAAGAGAAUCCAGAGCAAGCUUCAGUCUGAAGAAUCUUCUGAGACUGUAGGCUACACUGUGGAACAAGUGCUGAAUUCAAGGAAGCAAAAACAGCCGUUAAAUAAAGUGAAAAGAAAACCAGAUUCGCAUGCUCCUUCCAAGCAGAAGAAGAGCACAUUAUCAGUUAGCACAACAUCUGCAGACUUACCCAGUAGCAGUAAUUCCAGCCUGGAUAUUCUGAAACACAUGAUACAUGAGGUGGAACAUGAAAUGGAGGAAUACGAGCGGUGGACAGGACGCGAGGUCAAAGGACUGCAGGGUGGUCAUGGUCUCACAGGCUUCACUUUGUCUCUAGUGAGCUCUCUCUGUCGCCUGGUUCGAUACCUUAAAGAGAGUGAGCUUCAACUUCGUAAAGAAGUAGAGACAAGGCAGCAACUAGAAAAAGCAUUAGGUGAUCAUCGAGAGCUUAUUGAUGCUCUAACAUCUGAAAUUCUCCUUCUUAGAGAAGAAAAUACUACCACACAGGCAAGACUUCAGCAGUACAUGGUCACAACAGAUGAGCAACUUGUAUCACUUACACAUGCCAUUAAGAGCUGUCCUGUGAUAAACAGCAGCAGACAAGAAAGUCAGGUGUCAGAAGGGAGAGCCACGAGUAGAACUAUGGACAGUCCAGGGGGUCCAGUUACAAACACUAAUGUCUCUGUGCCAUUGACGUUCCGCGGGGAAGAAGUGGUAGAAUUCCCACAAGAAGAGUUGCCUGUGAAGCUGUCUCAGGGGCCAAGCCUCCCAGAUAGUGGAAAUCUGGGCAACAAUUUCCCAGCACAUAUUUUUGAGCCAGCUGUGUUAUUAACACCGCCACGCCAGAAAAGCAAUUCAGAAUUCUCUCCUCUGCAGGAUGUGUUGAGGAGGACUGUUCAAACUCGUCCUGCUCCACGAAUUCCCCCAACCGUGGAAAUAGUCGAGAAAGGACAAAAUUGGGAAAAGAAGACCUUACCUGUUGAUACAGACAUUCAGAAUUCAAGUGAAGAGAGUCGUCUCUUCACUCAGAGGUGGAGAGUCUCUCACAUGGGAGAAGAUUUGGAGAAUAAAACUCAAGUUCCUUUCGUUAACCUCUCACAGCACCUCUGCAGUUCCCAUUCCAACUCUGAGCAAUUGAGAAACCCCACGUUCUCUGAAGAGUCCCCAGUACUAGGAGAUGGGCAACAGCUUAGAACAAAUGAGACAUUAAUACAAAGAAAAGACAUAGCAGCACGAAUUGCUGAGUUGACACUGCAGAAUUCAGCUAUCAAGGCACAUCUGAAUAAUAUCACUGGACCAGGGGGAGAGCAAGGGGAUGGACUCCGGACAUUGAACAAGCAGGAAAGUGCCAGCGACAUGACUGCUUCUUUUCCAGUAGCACAGUCUCUGAUACCAGGUAGCAUGGAAGAACGAAUUGCUGAAUUGAAUCGACAGAGUAUGGAAGCCCGUGGAAAACUACUGCAGUUGAUAGAGCAGCAGAAGCUUGUUGGUUUGACUCUUUCCUCUCCAACAGUGUCACCUGUUCAGUCACCUCUCAGAGCAUGGACUGAAGGAGCAAAGAGGACCAUUGAGAUAUCUAUUCCAGGAGCAGAUGGCCCAGAAAGCUCAAAAUGCAGUACUGUCUCGCCUGUCACUGGGACAAACACAAGGAGAUCUUCAGGAGCUACUAGUAAUGCUUGUUCUCCAUUAAAUGCCACUUCGGGAAGUGGGCGAUUCACACCUCUUAAUCCAAGAUCAAAGAUUGAGAAACAAAAUGAAGAAGGCUGGUUUGCUCUUUCUACACACGUGUCAUAAGUGAAGUGGAGUUUUACCAAAUAUGUUGUAAUUUGUUCUUGACUUCUACUCCCCUCUCCCUGUUCCUGCUUUAUAAAGCUUUUACAUUCUUUUAGAUAAAACCUACCAAAAACCUGUGAAUUAGUGCUGAUGAAGCAGACCCCAAAAAAGCAAUUAUUUUAAUUUUUUUACCGUUAGUAAGCAAACAACCUAUAUUUCCUUGUGAAUAAAAGUUUUUACUAUAGGAAAAUGAAAGUUUUAAUAUGCUAAUAAUUUCUUAAGUAUUUUAAGUGUUUUGAGUAAUGCAUCUUUAUGUUUAUUUAGGUUUUUUUUUUUUUUUUUACUAAUGUAUCUUAAAUGUUGAUCUGUUUCAUUUCCCUUGCCUCUGAAGAACUAAGUUGCUUUUGCAUACAACUUAAAAUAAAAUGCUCAUGUGUGAUUGGAGUCAGGCAUGCAGAAAAAUGUCACAUCCUCUUGUGGUUUCUUCUUUGUUGGGGAGUCACUGCUGUCCAUCAUUUUUUCCUUCAAGUAGAAUGUACAGCUUUAAGAAAUAGGCAUGGGGAUAUUUGUUUAAACAGCUAAGAGAGGUUGUGUAAGUUUUGAGAUUUUUAGGUGGUCUUAGUUUUUAAAUGUGAAAAUGUCAUUGCUAAUGGUAAUGUAUGUCAAACAAAUAAUGAUCAUAGAGCUCAAAUAUCUAAAUGCAGUAACAUCAAUUUAAGAGUGUAGUGUUUGAAGCAUAAUUAAUACAGAAACUUGGUAUCAGUUUCCUCAGGCUUUAAGAAGAUUGAUUUAGAGUAGGGUUUCCUUCAAGGUACCUGUUUAGUUCUCAAGCAUUUGUUUCUGUUGUCAGCUUUUUGAAUCACAGUAUGUUGGCUGUAUGAUGGGAUUUUUCAGUGUGGUUGAGAUCAGAGUGGAGUAGCAUAACACCCUAAGACUACCUGGAGAACUUUUUCAGACAACACCUUCCUUGCCCUUGCCAUGUAAAUCACUGUUCUAGUGAGUGUCCCAUACUUGCAUUUAGGCCUCUUUAUUAUUUUGGUGGCAAAAAUAAAAUUAUUUUCUUGUUG